UCCUCCUGAUAAAGAAAAAACAACACAAUGAGUACUGCACAAGGGGAAACCCUCCCAGAUGCCUGGGACUACAAAGGCCGUCCAGCCGAGAGGUCUAAAACCGGCGGAUGGACCGCCGCCGCCAUGAUUUUGGGCGGAGAGGCAAUGGAGAGGUUAACGACGCUGGGUAUCGCCGUCAAUCUGGUGACUUAUUUGACUUCUACAAUGCAUUUGGGAAAUGCUACCGCUGCCAACACAGUCACCAACUUCCUCGGCACCUCCUUCAUGCUCUGUUUAUUCGGCGGCUUUAUUGCAGACACCUUUCUUGGGAGGUAUCUCACAAUUGCCAUCUUCGCCAUCGUACAAGCAGCUGGUGUCACGAUCUUGACAAUCUCAACCGUAAUCCCCAGCCUCCGACCCCCAAAAUGCACCGCCGGCGGUGUUCGACCCUGCAUCCCGGCAAGCGGCAAUCAGCUAGUAGUUCUGUAUAUGGCGCUGUACCUCACCGCCCUGGGCACCGGGGGUCUAAAAUCAAGCGUGUCAGGAUUCGGGUCGGACCAGUUUGACGAUUCCGACAAAGGGGAAAGGCUCCAAAUGACGAACUUCUUCAACUGGUUCUUCUUCUUCAUAAGCAUCGGAUCGCUAGGGGCGGUGACAGUUCUGGUGUACAUCCAGGACAAUCUUGGGAGGGAGUGGGGUUACGGAAUCUGCGCAUUCGCCAUUCUGCUUGGGUUGGUUGUGUUCUUGUCGGGCACGAGGCGGUACCGGUACAAGAAGCUCGCCGGUAGCCCGCUGACGCAGAUUGCUGCCGUGUUUGUCGCUGCCUGGCGGAAGAGGGAUUUGAAACUUCCUUCGGAUUCAUCGUUUCUGUUCAACGUCGAUGACAUUCAAGACGAGGGACCGUGGAAGAAGAAGCAGAGAUUGCCCCAUACCAAACAAUUCCGUUUCUUAGACAAGGCAGCAAUCAAGUACCCGGAAAUGGGUGGCAGCAUCACAGCCGUUAACAAGUGGUAUGUAUCAACCUUGAUAGAUGUUGAAGAAGUGAAAUUGGUGAUCAGAAUGUUACCCAUCUGGGCCACCACUAUCAUGUUUUGGACCGUCUAUGCCCAAAUGACCACAUUCUCCGUCUCCCAAGCAACCACCAUGGACCGUCGGAUUGGCUCCUUUCAGAUCCCGGCAGCUUCCCUGACAGUCUUCUUCGUCGGCAGCAUUCUCUUGACUGUCCCAAUUUACGACAGAAUCAUCGUUCCCAUCGCAGGAAAAUUACUUAAAAACCCACAAGGCCUCACCCCACUACAACGCAUAGGGGUUGGUCUUGUCUUUUCAAUCUUUGCAAUGGUGGCAGCAGCGCUCACUGAGCUAAAGCGUUUGAAGGCCGCACGAUCGCAUGCUUUGACGGAUGAUCCAACGGCCGUGAUCCCAUUAAGUGUGUUUUGGCUGGUUCCCCAGUUUUUCUUUGUGGGAUCUGGGGAGGCCUUUACGUACAUAGGGCAGCUUGAUUUCUUCCUAAGGGAGUGUCCAAAAGGGAUGAAGACGAUAAGCACUGGGCUAUUUCUGAGCACACUUUCGCUGGGGUUCUUCGUUAGCUCUUUGUUGGUUACUGUAGUGCACAAGGUGACUGGGAACAAGAAACCUUGGCUUGCAGAUAAUCUCAAUCAAGGGAAGCUUUACGAUUUCUAUUGGCUUUUGGCGAUUUUGAGUGCUUUGAAUUUGGUGGUAUAUUUGGUUUGUGCAAAGUGGUACGUCUACAAAGACAAGAGGCUUGCUGAAGAGGGAAUAGAGUUGGAGGAAGUAGAUCCAAGUUGCCAUGCAUGAGAGUUUCUCUAGUUUUCAUUUUAGUUUUUUGUAUUAUAUCAACUCCUUCCUCCUUCAAUGUAGUUUGCAACCUUUUUGUGUACAAAAGAAGAAUGGAAUUGAAAUUUAUAAGCAGCAAGAAUCACCAC